UGCCGUGUAGCGAGCUGAACAGCAUAAACGGUGUGGUCGCGGCCCGUCGUUGUAGGCUCUCUUUCGUCGAGUAUGUUUAUCUCUUGUGUUCGAAAAUCCUGCGCAACCCACUGCCGGGUGACCCUUGCUGGUAGCGAUCUGCGCCACGGUCGGGAUCAGUCAGGUGCGAAGCACCCAAACGAGCGGACGCUUUUUUACCUGUGCGCCUUCUUUAUUCUGGUGGUGGUACCGAGUCUCGAGUCUCGAAAGUGUUCAGUUGUUCAGUUCUGAUCAGAAGAAGCAAUCACGGGUUCAUUCUCCGUGUGGCAAAGUUUUUCAGAAUAAACAGAAAGAAAAAAUCGUCCGGUUUGAAAUUCGGAGAAAUUCCGACCGAAUUGUUGACCAACAGGUGUAAGUGGUGCUUUUCGAUUUGGAGAUGAAAUUUGUGAGUCGCGUAAAAAAGGAUUCAGUAAAAGUUCCAAUUUAUAAGCGGGCUUGAAGAGGAAUACGAAUGUACGGCGAACUAAGAGUGUUUUCGUGGGUCUAGGAAGGUGAUACGGAGAAAACGUCCGAUUAGAAAAGGAUUAUCGUGGUAGAGAAUUAGAGUGUGCUGACAGACAGGAAAUUGAAGAAAAAAAAGCAUUCGACUUUUGUGCACCGGAAAGGACACCCGCAGCCGUUUUGCCGAGUUGACUUCCUGCGAUCGCUGACGCAAAGCUGAGGGAUCCUUUUCACCGGCCGGUCCGAGACGUCGCCGCCGAGUUCAAGAUGGCACAUUUGUCGCCACCUCCUUCACCACCCGCCUUGGUGAGCCAAGGAUCGGCAAAUCCCCUGGAGUUGAGUGCGUCUUCAACGAAUCUGAUCCAGCGGGCAUCCGCCUUCAGCUCCGUGCUGGGACAGAAAUGGAGCGCUAGAGAUCUUCCCCUACUGUACAACCCGUUGUUCUAUUCGGGUGCUGCCUUCCUGUGGCCUCAGUUCCUGUUGCCUCAGCAACCAAUCACACCAGUCUCACCGAAUCUAGCCAACUCCCGGGACUACACGCUGACUCCAGAAAAGGAAGAAACUAUUGACGAAGACAUGCCGCUCAACCUAUCGAUGAAGCCAUCCUCAUCGACACCGAAUUCCCGUUCCUCGGCGGCAGCUGCAGCGGCCGCAGCAGCCGCAGCCGCUUCGCUGGCGCACUCGAUCCACAUCUGGUCUCCGGCUAGCAUGUGCGAAAAGGAAACCACCGACGACACCCAAAGCAACAUCGACAUCGAGAACGAUAACGACGGUGGUUCGUCCAGCGGUGGCGAGUUGCAGAUCGACGAAAGCAUGGAACAGCACCGGCAGCAUCAGCAGCAUCACCAUCAGCAUCAUCAGCUGCUGGAGAGCCAUAAGGCUCGGAUCCUGACCGAAUACAACAACCUGCUGCUGAACGGUGGCGCCGUCAGCGGGAAAAAUGAUAGAAACUAUUUUAACUACAGUAAGAUUAGCAAAGGCUAUUUUACUCAUCUGCAGCAGCAGCAGAAGAAUUUGGAAAUCCUUCGACAGAAUCGUACGGAUGUGUUUGUGGUGAAUAAUAAUAACAACAACAACAAUAGCAGUAGCCAGAAAAGCUUCAACAGUGGCAACAAUCUUAACAACAACAGUAAUAAUAACAACAACAGGGACGGUGUGAAGAACAACAAUGUUGUUAGUGCAUUCAGUGACAGUAGUGGGGGUGUCGAGUUCCGAAUUAAAAACGAAAUCACCAGACCGGAUUCGACGGGGCACAGUGAGGGCUAUGUGUUCAAGCGGGAAUCCGGCCACCACGGGAUGGGCGGAAGCGAGGAGAAAAAGCCGGCUCGGUUGUAUCAGUGCAAACAGUGCGGCAAAACGUUCAAACGCUCCAGCACGCUAUCGACUCAUCUGCUGAUCCACAGCGACACCCGGCCGUACCCGUGUCAGUACUGCGGCAAGCGGUUCCAUCAGAAGUCCGACAUGAAGAAGCACACGUACAUCCACACCGGUGAAAAACCGCACAAAUGCGUCGUCUGUCUGAAGGCGUUCAGCCAGAGCUCGAAUCUGAUCACCCACAUGCGCAAGCAUUCCGGCUACAAACCCUUCUCAUGCGGGCUCUGCGAGAAGGCCUUCCAGCGGAAGGUGGAUCUGCGGCGUCAUCGCGAGGGCCAGCAUAGUGACAUUGUUGGUGGGGCGACGACCAUUCUGCCGUCGUCGGAGGAUUUCAAGCCCUCCGAUAGUAGCACUGCCGCCGCUACCACCAUCACCACCACCACUUCCACCUCCAACGCAAGCAGUGCCCUUGCGGCCGCCAUGAACAGUACCGAGAGUGGCAGCAGCCCCGGUCGCGAUUCACCCAGUUCAGCCACGGUUGCGGCUCUUGCGGCAGCAGCAGCAGCAGCCGCCGCCGCUGCCGCUGCUGCUUCCACCACGGUUGGCUCCGGAUUUCACCACCAACCGCACCACCAUCAUCUGCACCAUCAUCCAGAACAACACCACAGUCAGCAGCUCCUGCGUCACCAUGCGGAUAUUAAAAUGGAAGUUAGCAGCAGUUGUUCCUGAUUCCGUCCGAAUUGGAUCUUUCCAGCGAUGCCGAUUUAGUUUUAUUAAUGUUAUUUUUUCUUCAAAACCCGGCCUAAUGAUGAUUUGUUUUUUUUUUCUUUUCGAAAAAUAAAAAAAACUCUGAGGGCACGAAUGCUAAACUAACCGAUGGCGGAGAAGAUGCACUGGCGGACAACAACAGAUGUUGUUGCUCAAUUUUGGUGCUUCUCUUUUUAUGUUUGCCAGCCACACGCGUCAGAUGACGUUUUGGUUAGUUUCGUGUUUCUUUUCCUUGCUGCCUUCAGCCUCCAUCCGAACUAUAAAAAAAGCCACAAUCAAACGAGGUGCAAAACAGUUUCGUUUUUUUUGCCCAAACCUGAGCCCGAACUGCUCACCAGUGAUCGAUAAAUAGAGUCCUGAAAUACCUGUACAGUCUAGUGGUACUUAUCCAGUCGAGUUACAGACGUACUGUUCAUAGUUUUGUAAGCAUUUUAAAACAGUUUUUAUUCUAAUCCUAGAAAAUGUUUCGAUCUAGUUAAGCCAAAGCUAAGACUUUGUUUGGCUGCCCCACACAUAAAAAAGCGAAGCUUCGAAAACCAAAUCCUGUAAACUAGCAUUUAGAAUUUUAUUUUAACUAUACUAGAACUAGCAUGUAAAUACCGAUAACUUAUUAACGAAAUUAGUUUUUUUAUAUUCAUUUACUUAUUUUUAAAUACUGUCUAGUCUUCUGCAUAGAAAAUGAACUCCGAGCUGCGAAACCGUACAAAUCCCGACUGAGGGAUUAGUCGGGUUUUUUUCUUUUCGCAGAUUUGGAAAGGGGAAACGAGAGGCGCUUUUGUUACCGAAACAACUGUGUCAGCAAGGGGGCUACCAGAGUGACAAUCAACUCUAAAGAACCUCUUAACUUAACACACACACAUACACAACUCACACACAUGCACACACACUCAACACACACGCGUUAGUCAUGAAUAGAGUUCGCACUUUUAUUCACAAACAGCUACCGAACCAAAGACUCUAUUUGUAAAGAAACGAGAAAAUCGAAGGCACUUUUGUAAUUGUAUACUUGAACUGUUGCUGUUCCUGCUUUUCGUCUCCUGCUGUACUUAUACAAUUAUUAUUUCCCAAUUAUUAGGUCCUUAGGUACUCACUCCGUCCGAUUUAGUCGUACUUUUCUUUUAUGUUUUUUUUUUGCAUUAAAAAAACACAUCUUUACGUAGUUUCAUUUGUUCAAAAUUUGUUAUUUAGUGUUUAGUGCGUGGAAAGUAAAAUCAGCUGAAAUGAAGAUCAUCCAAAAAAUUGAGUAGACGCUAAGGAACCAAGUUUUUUUUAACGAUUAUUUUAUGUUUUUAGUCGGUAGUCUCAACCAUUAGCUCAAUAGUAACUUAUGUUAGUCAAAUAUUCUGUGUACAUAACCUGGUGGAAAACCCGGUGAACGUGAGUCACAAUCCGUUUCAUUUUGCUAGCGAUUAGUGUACUACUGCUAUUACCCUUUAUAUCCGUACGUGUUAGGUUUUACGUUGCAAACUGGAUAGGAUUAAGUAGCUGAACGUUGUAUAUUUUUGAUACAAUGUAGACUCUGUAAAAAAUCUUCGAAUCUAUAAUUAGGAAUAAAU